CACGCAAAGAAGUCUCGUCCUGAGCAAUGGACCAGUCCUCCGGGUCCAUUUGAACAUAAAGUCCAGAUCCUAUAUAGGAGCGAGAACGAGAAGGGGAAGAAAAAAUGAAAUAGAAAGUGGUCUGUCCGGUGCAACGAUCUACAGUACGUGAACGUCGUCGAGGCGCCUCCUCUUGGACCCUUACCCCCGACCUGUUCCUGUUCACCACGUACUAUAGCAAAUCUUCGAUGCUCUCUUGAAGGCUUCCGCGGCAUUGUGCUCGCAUUUCUCGUGCGGUUGUCGACUCGGAAAGUAUCUUCUGGCUAAGUCGUCGGUAAAACAAAAUUUCGGCCUUCUCUUCAAAACAGACUCAAACCGAAGGAAUUUCCCGACAAUGACCAACUUCUUGGCCCUGUUGGUGAUCACCCUCGCCUGCGUGAUCGUCAACGCUCAACAAACAUCGGAUCAGAAACAUGUUUUUGGACAAACUUUUGACGAAAUUGUGGUGUCAUCGGAUCUGAACGUUAGAAGGAAGUCCAAGGAAAACCGUCAGGGUAAACGAUUGUCGAACAUACCUUCGCUCACCACCAGCCCUCCUGAAAAAUCCACUGCAAUCGCAGCGAGGCUCGUUUCCAACGCGUCUCAAAAAAGUCAAACGAAACGUGAAAUUUCAAAUUUAGACAAAAGGUAUUUCGAUAUGGACGUCGCGGGAUACCUAUUGAAAUCUCGGAAACGAUGAAAAAUUCACUCCGGGGACAACCGCACGAUCCUCACACACCCAUUCCGACCAUACCUUUCGACCCACUUUCGGACCAUGGCUCAUGUAACAAAAAGGAUAAUAAAAAUUUUCUGUGU